AGCGAGGGCGGGGAGCAGGGAGGGGCCAGCUCCGGGCUGCAUCCUGCCCGGACUUCAGUGCCUGGAGAGGAGGAAGGGAGCGGAGAGCGCCUGCCCCGAGCCGAGGGGAGCCGGCGGCUGAGCGGGUGCAGAGAAUGUGAUGGGCAGAGAGAAAAAGGAGUGUCUUGCUGUUUGUCCCUGGUUUUUUGUUUUUGUGGUUUUUAAAGCAUAAUUUCAGUCCUUCUGUUGAAAAUUAUUUCCUGCUUGGAGCAAGGUGAUAGGCAUUCUGUUUUUUUACUUCUGUUUCCUAACAAAGAAGGAUCACUUUGCAGCUAUACAGAGCACGCAUACAUAAUGACUACCACCCUGAGGGUAACGGAACAUGUAACAGAAGAUGACCAAGAGAAAGAAGGAAAUUAUGUACUUUAUGGAUCCUCUUGUGCCCAAAUCAUUGAAGAAACAGAAUACAUUAAAAAGAUCCAAUCCACGUUAACAAAGAUUCAAAAUCAGCAGCCUUUCCGAGUGCCCAGAAAUGGUUUGGAGGCUGAAAAGGAUGCACUUAACUCCAGCCACAAUCUAACCAUGGGAAAGCUGAAAGAUAUUGACCAGCAGCUCUUGCUUAUCAACAAGGAGAAUGAAAUGCUAAAGAUCAAGCUGGAUGCAACAAGAGAAGCAGGUGCACAGUCUCUCAGACAUGCCUCAAAAAAUCUAUAUGAGAAUUACUACAGUCGGUCAGAAGCACUUAAGAAAAAGCAUGAAGAUGAUAAACAGCUGAUGCAGGCCUACAAACUUGAACAAGAACAAAAAUUCAAACAAAAUCUGGGAAAUGUCAAUUGUGUAACUCAAAGACUUGAAGAAAAGUACAGCCGGAUUGCAGACAUGGAGAAACUACUGCAACGAAUGGAAGAGGAAAAGAAAACAUUAAUAGGAAAAAAGCAAUCAUGUGAAGAGAAGCUUCUGGAGAUAUCAUCAAAUUCUGAAGAUACUAAGAGCUAUCUUGAUCUUCUGAUGGAGAUUUCCACUCUACGAGAGCAGAUUUCUCACUUGCAACAUGUGAUCCAGAUGCAGCAUCAAAGCCUACGCAGUGCGAUACAAGAGAUCGAAGAACUGAACAGCGAACUACAAAACCAAGAUAAACAAAUUAAGAUUAUGGAAGAAAAGAUAAAUGUGCUUGAAGCUCAGAAAAAAGAACUUAAAUUCAAGGUGGAAUUCUGGUCUGGCCAACCCACGAUGAAAGUUUCAAAAGGCGUCUCAACAAUUUCCAGGUUUGAUGGAGUGUCUCCUUAUGCACUGCUAGCUAGGCUACGGAAGCAAAAUGGGUAGAUGAGUCCAUCACUGAUGUCUGUUUCCAGCUUCCUCAUAAAGAAGCUCUGUUUGUCUCUGCUAAUGACCCUCCAUUCAGCCCUUUUAUAUACCUUGUUAUAACACAGCAAUAUAACACUUGACAGGGUUGGCAACCAGGAAUCGUGCUUGGAUGAAAGAAGAUUCACUAAAUAAAUCUGGAUUUAAUGCGAGAACUGAAGACAUUAUGGUCUUUAAUGUAUAGCCAAUUUAGAGCAGCAUCCUAGGGAUGUUGCAAUAUAUGUUAUUGUAACAUCUUUUCACCUAUGAAAGAGUUCAUCUUCAACAAGCAUUUUAUGGGCCACGAGAUACCUCAAACAUAUUCAAUCUAAAAUGUUCAUAAUUAUAUGUAAAAGAGACUGUGGUGUUUGUCAAGUUAAGACAAUAUGAUAAUAUAAAUUAAGAACUUUUUAAAAUUGAGAAGUUAAUUGUAAAGGGCUGUUUAAUAAAUUAUAUUUAAUCUUUUCAAACUUUCCAUGUUAGUUUUUAAACUUGUCUUUUCUAAAAGCUAUAGUAUGUGUGUCAACGAGGGAUGUGUAGCUGUCAGAAUGUAA